AUGCACUCCCUCCAGCCCUCCAAUCUAUACACCCGUUUAAUAGAUACAAUACCUACAGCCUUGCCUUGGUCCUCCGGGGAUCCAUCGGUGAAAGGAGAUCCCAGGAAGAGUGUUAAAUGGGUUGACGGCCUGAGAGGAAUCGCCUCAUUCCUAGUAGUGCUAACGCACCUCGCCCGCGCUUGGGACUAUGAUCUAUUCUCACCACGCGACAACGAGGACGCCAGUCCGCGAAUCCUCCAAUGGCCCAUCCUCCGAAUCCCCUGGCAAGGCCGUCUAGGCGUAACGAUCUUCGCCUUCCUAACCGGCUACGUCUGCGCGUUGAAACCGCUCAAGCUGUCGCGAACAGGUGAUACAUUAGGCGCAUUCGAGACAAUAGCAAAAAGCGCCUUUCGUCGACCGCCACGACUCAUCUUUCCCGCGACGAUUGCCCUGGUCAUCUCGUGGACUGUUGCGCAAUUCGGCGGGUUUAUAGUCGCCAAUAGAUCCGAUUGCUGGUGGUGUCGGUAUGCCGCGCCGGAUCUGGAGGAUUCGUUUUGGAAGGAGCUUGUUCGGUUGCCGAUGAAUUUCUUAUCGACUUGGACGACCGGAUAUAUGGCGUACGAUGAUCAUCAGUGGGCGCUUCUGCCGCUGCUGGUGUCGUCCAUGUUGGUUUAUCUAGUGCUUUCGGCGACUAUGUUUGUCAAGUUUCGGUAUAGGGUCUUGAUCUAUGUUGGGUUAUUAUUGUAUUUCCAUCAGGAUGCAGCCAAGGAUAUAGAAACCUUCCAAAUGCAAGCCAUCUACGGCAUGCUCCUCAGCGACUUCUCCUACCACGCACCCCUCAAAGAUUGGAUAGAAGACCACCCACGAGGCCGGAAGAUGCUCACCAUCCCGCUCACUAUCAUCGCAUUAUUCCUCGCUUCAUACCCAGGCGAACACCCCGAAUGGGCCGGCUGGUCCAACGCAAUGCUCGAAGCAAGUCAAUACAUCUUCCCGCCAGACGUCAAUGUCGGGAAACGCUACACGGCCCUCGCAAUUGACAUGAUCAUCCUCGCGAUCUUCUUUUCGCCUUCGACGAAAGACUUCCUCUCCAGCAGACUCCUACUCUGGCUCGGCAAGCAGAGUUUCGCCGUCUACCUCAUCCACGGAACCAUGUUGCGUGUCGUGCUCUGCUGGAUGCUGUAUGGUAUCAGCGGGCAGCCGUGGGAGGGUCCUGAGGCGUUGACCGAUGACGUCCGCGACGACUGGUUGCCUAUCCGGCCGCCGUGGGUCGUUGCAAUUAGUAUUCCGGUCUGGAUUGGGAUGGUCUAUUUCCUUGCUGCGCUGUGGACGGCGUAUGUGGAUACUUUCUGUGCUUCUCUAACGCAGAAGCUGGAGAGGGCUGCUUUUGUUGAGGACGAGAAGACGCCGUUGCCGUUGCAAUCGGUCCCUAUGCAGACGGCUUGA